AUGAGCACCACCAAAGAACAACACUCUCACAUGAAAGAAGAGUCGCACGAAGACGACACACUACAAGCCUUGAUCAAAGCGGAGUCCGGCCCCGACGACAGCGAUGAUUUGAUGGGAAAUGUUGAUGAUGAAGAUGACGGGGAUGGCUACAGACCGCGGCCGCAGUUGCCGAGACCCCAGGUCAACUUGCGAAGUCUCGCAGAUCUGAUCAGAUGCUUAGACGAUGGCAGCAUUGACGUCAACCCUGAGUAUCAACGAGAAGUAGUCUGGACAGGCAUCGAUGAACGAACAGCUGAUCGAAUGACGGGCCUAGUGAAUUCUCUUAUGGAGAACUUUUACAUCCCACCGAUCAUACUCAAUGGCAAACAGAUACGCGUUGUGGAGGGUGGAAAACCCGGAACGCGCACAACGUAUGUUUGUGUCGAUGGCAAACAACGUCUCUCUUCUGUACGAGCUUUCAUCAAAGGCAUGAUCCCUUGUCACGAUCAUCGCGGUGAAAAUUGGUGGUUCAGCAAUGAAGCAGGACGACGUCGAAGAAUUCUUUCCGAUGCAGUCCAGAGAGCGUUUCUGAACAAGGACUUCGUCACAUACCAAUUCAAUGGACUAUCUCAAGAGCAGGAAGAAGACCUUUUUGCCCGGGUGCAAAUGGGUAUGACACUAACUGCAGCGGAGAAGAUGCGCGCCUCAUCCGGCCCAUGGCAAGAGCUUGCCAGACUCUUUGUAGACGAUUUUCCAGCCGUCUAUAAUCUAAUGAAAGAUAGGGCACGUGCAAAGGAUUUUCAGCUCACACUGUCCUGCUUCAGUCAGAUCGUUGAGAUCAUGCAUCCUACCGCUGCCACAGGUAUUCCAGUCCUGAAGACCAACCACACGGCCCUUCCCAAAUUCAUUGGCAACAAAGGACUGGUUGAUGAUGGCAUCAAGUCGCAUCUGGCAAGUGUCUGGAACACACUCCAGGAACUAAUAGAAUUGGAUCCUGAUACCUUUACGAAUGCAAGCAAGUACCUCGGCGGUGUACAAACUUUUGCACCUGUCGAAAUGGUUGCUGUGACGAUUAUGAUUUCUAUGUAUUCGGAAACACGAAAUAAUCGCAUGCUACUGGGGGAUAUAAGAGCUCUCCGAGAAGAACUUCGCAAGCACUUUAUUGACCUCCGCUUGAAUGCUGCAACCUGGAAGUUCAUAUGGGAAUAUCUGGAUGAGCUAGAAGUGAUUCGAGGCGCGGUGGAUGGUAGUGUCCUCGAUCGAACACGUUUCGAUUCGGCCUCAAGAUCUUCAUCGACUGCAGCGCCGAUACCGUAUGAUUCUGCCUCAGCAGUAGUGAGAUCGUCUCAGGCCAAAUCUGCAGCAAGAAGAGGUGACGUGACAAUCCUGCCUCCUCCGAAUGCAAGACCAUCGGCAGCCUCGGGAGCAAAUUUGGCGUUUCCAGAAGACAGCACAAAAGAAACAUCGCCUCAAAUAGUCAACGUCAAUAUUGACCCGGAAGCUGCGACGCUGCCUUCACAAACACGGUUUCUAAAGAGACAGCGAACCGGUUCUAGGCCAUCUGCAUUACCGCAAACCGCAUCUUCCACCAGUUUUGAGCAGACUUUGUUUGUGCCUGAAGGAACAGGAGAAAAUACGGCAGUAUUACGGCAGCGCCAUAUAAAUCAUCCAAAGGCGCCGGUGCAACAGGGCGCGUUCGAUGCUCAAAAGGCACAGGUUCCUUCAAAUCAUUACCCUAGGCAACAACCACAGGAGAAACCUCCCUUUUUAUCCCCAAAAGUACGGCCAGGAUGGGUGUCACAGCUCCAUGAGUAUUGCCCAUCCCCUUCCACUCAUCCCGAAAAUGGGUAUCUGGAGAGUAGCGGCACAUCUCCGCAGCUACCCUCAAGGACAGUCUCCUCACCUGACUUGUCCAUUUCGCCAUACAUUCACCAGCUGAACAUCAGCGGACCACAUUACAGGACAGGCAUAGGUGCCUACACCCCAAGAAGCAUCCAUGAGCAAGGGGAGGGCAUAAUACGGUCAAUUUCACCACAGGUCCCCCUCUCAGUCUUGCCAGCAACUCCAUCUGCUCAGCCCCAGAUUCAAAAAAAGCGCAAACAUAUCACACGUUCGAUUCCCACACAGCGUGGGGAAACGAUUGAUCUUACUUACGACAGUGAUUGUGAGCAAGAGGAGCAGGUCGAGCGUGAGAGACAAAGCCUUCUCUCGUCUUUUAAGGGAAAAUCUACAACUGCAAAGCAGGCUUAUGCCCCAGCCAUUUCCACUGCCACACAGCCAAGUGCAACGCCGCAAGGCUCUUUAUUAGUUGGAGUGGGUGCGACAACAGGGGACGCUUGUGCAGAAUUCAACAACCCAUAUGCAGAGUACAAGAAUCAAGACAGAGGGCAUCUUUGA